AUGAGGUUGGGACUCUUUGUCGGCUGGCUGGUAUGGGGAUUAGCAGGCUUGGUCUCCGCUGCAAGUCUACUAGCACCUAAAGUACUUAUAGUUACUAUGUUUGAGCCUGAACGCAAUGCAUGGCUCGAUAACAUGCCCCUUUCAAGAAAUAUCAGCGUCCCUGGCUUGAGCCCCCUCUUUCCUCACGUAUCUUGUAAUCAUGACGGCGAAGUCUGUCUCAUUACUACAGGUGAAGGAGAAAUCAAUGCCGCUGCAUCACUGUCUGCUGUUGUGUACUCACUGUCGUUCGACCUGCGGAAAACAUACAUCCUUAUGAACGGUAUUGCAGGAAUCAGUCCAGACGCAGGUACACUAGGAAGUGUUGGUCUAGCUCGAUAUGCUGUGCAGGUGGGAUUGCAGUAUGGAAUCGACGCAAGACAAGCGCCAAAGAACUGGACUUACAGUUUUUGGAACUACGGCACGAUGAAACCUGGAUCUUACCCUCGCAACUUUUAUGGAACAGAAGUCUUUGAACUCAACUCUUCACUCAGAGACAGGGUCUUUGAGCUUGUCAAGAAUGUUAAGUUGAAAGACACAUCAGCGGUGAAGAAAUACCGCUCCACUUAUUCUCAGGAACGGGCCAAGGCGCCACCCUCAGUGUUUAAAGGUGACGUCACCACCAGUGAUCUUUAUUUCACCGGAAAGAUAUAG